AUGGCGGUCGUCAAGGAUCCUGUCAAAAAGGAGAAAGUAAGGGACGAGAAAGGGAAAGGCAAGGGAAAACGUGUCGAACCUGAACCCGCAGAUGAAGAGUCCGAUUAUACUCAGGCCGAUGGGAAUAUCGAUGUGGAUGCUGAUGGUGAUGAGGAUACUGAAGGUGAUGUGGAUGCUGAUGGUGAUCCCGAGAACGUGGACGGCUCUCCAAGAAGCCGCAAACGCACUCGCGUGAAUGCAGAGGGCAAUUUUACUCCCUCCACUCCGAAAAGAGAGCAAGUAGCGACACUUCCUCGCGAUACCGACGGCUUCAUCCCUGGUUCAAUCGUGCGUAUUCAGUUGCACAACUUCCUUACGUACGACUGGGUGGAAUUUCGACCUGGUCCAUACCUUAAUAUGAUACUCGGUCCGAACGGCACUGGUAAAAGCAGUAUUGCUUGCGCAAUUUGUCUCGGACUUAAUUGGCCUCCGAGCAUUCUUGGUCGGGCAAAUGAGAUUUCUAGCUUUGUCAAGCAUGGCAAAGAGAGUGGCUACAUCGAAAUUGAACUUAAGGGCGCAAAGGGUCAAAAGAACCUUGUGAUUCGACGUAACCUGAGCGCCAAGUCCAAAGGCUCGACCCUGACUCUCAACGGACAAUCUUGUACUGGGAAAGAAAUUACUAACCGUAUGGCGAAACUCAAUGUUCAAGUUGGAAACUUAUGUUCGUUCUUGCCUCAGGACAAAGUCUCCGAGUUUGCCCAGAUGACUCCACAACAGUUACUUAGAGAGACGCAACGUGCCGCGGGGGAUGUUAAUUUGUCAAAUUGGCAUGACACACUGAUUACCGCCGGCAAGGAGCUUAAGGAUCUCCAAGAUAAAUCCAGUGAUGAACAAGAGCGGCUGAAGACGAUGCAGGAGCGUAAUUCCCAACUUGAGCGAGAUGUUCAGCGUUAUCAAGAGCGCAAGCGUAUAGAGAAGGAUAUCGCUGUCUUAAAAGUGUUGAUUCCUGUCAACGAAUACCAUGAAGCUAAGGAGCGCUACCAGAAAGCAAAAGACCGCCAACGGGAGUUGCACGCUCGGGUGCGAAAACUGAAGGACAGGAACGCGCCCGCACAUGCCAAGCUAGAGUAUGCCCUUCCUUACGUUUUAUCACCGAUCUACUCACAGACUUCAAGACAGCUGGCAGUUCAGCACAAGGAAUACGAGAAAGCACGUGAGAAAAAGAAGGCUGCAUCUCGUCAGAAGUUUCAGCAGAUGAAGAACAAAUGGGGCGAGAACGACAAGCUUGAACGUGAUGCCGAGGACGUUACAAGUAGACUUGACGGUCUCAAACGAGCCGAGAAGGAGCGCGUGAAGAAGAUCAAAGAAAUUCAGGGGCACAAUGAAAAAUGGCAGAAAGAACUUGACAACCCACCCAAACUAGAAGAUGUAGAAGCCAUCAAUGCUGAGAUAAGGAAAAUCAACAGGGAGCACAGUCAGACAACUACGCGUAUGGAGGACUUGCAGGAGCGACAAAAGAAGAAUGUCGAUUCAUCCGCCGCCCAACAAGCAAACAUCAGUGGCGCAUUAGACCAGCUGAAAAACCUGGAAGACGAGCGUCAUCGUAAACUCGAGAAAUUGCGGGCCUGGGAUAGAGAUAUGGCCGAUGCAGUCGUGUGGCUUCGUAACCACCAGGACAAGUUCAAGAUGGAGGUGUUCGAGCCCCCCAUGAUAUGUUGCACCGUUCCAGAUCGACGCUAUACCGAUGCCAUAGAGGCAUGCUUUAAUCAGGAUCAGCUCAAGAUUCUUGUCACGCAAUGCGAAGAAGACUACACUGCUCUCAAUAAUUACUUGAAUGACAGUGAACAAGCCGGGCUCCGAAAGGGCGCGCGUAUCAACAUCUGGUUCAGACCCAAGGUGGGCCUGAGCCCUCCUCCCAUGAAUGAGGCAGAGUUGAAGAUGCUUGGUUUCGAUGAUUAUGCGAUCAACAAGAUUGAGUGCCCUGACGGCCUUCUGUGGUUCCUCACGCGAGAGGUCAACUUGCACCGCACCGCCAUUGGCCUGGACGCUUCUAAGGUCGAUGUAAAUGCUGCUAUGGAAGCUGUUUCUCGAGAUGGUAGUGGGGCAAAGUUCAUCGCGGGAAGGGUGAUGAACACGGUUUCACGAUCUCGGUAUGGAAAACGAGCAGCCGCCAACAUGACGAAGGACCUCCGUCCAGCUCGGAAUCUUGUCAACAGCACGAGUGAGUGGGGUACAGUCGACCCUGAGAUCAAGAAGAAACUCGAUCAGACUAUUCAGGAGGCAAGGCAGGCUCUUGAAGUCAUCAAUGAAGAUGCGAACAACCUCGCGGCAGAGGAGCGUGAGAUUAGGGCCGAGGAAGCACUGUUCAAGAAGACAUUUGACGCACUCGAUGCACGAAAGAAGGAAGUUAAUAAUCAAAAGAGGCGUCUGGCUACGCUCGCGGCUAAAAUCGAAACCAACAAGGACAAACUGAGGGAUCUUGAGAAUGCACCUUCCAUGGAGGAUGAACGAGCGAAGCUCAAGAAGAAAUUGUUUGAAAUAUCUAAGAAGCGUGUUAGGAUUGUAAAGGAAUAUACGCAACUGAUUCGCGCCGCGAUUACUGACCAAGUAGAAGCGACUCGUAGUGGGCUUGAAUUCCUCCAGAGAAAGAUGAAAAGUACCAACGGGCUCUUGCCGAGUUCGAAGAAGGCCGACGCGAAGAAUAAACGGGAUAUUAGUCUGGACCUUGUUAGGAGCAUGGACGAAGAAUUUCAACAACAAUUUGCCAAGAUGGAAAUGGAUGGUUCGGUUCACGACCGGACCGUGAAUGACCUGAGGAAGGAACUCGAUGUUCAGCGCGCCAAUCUUGACAUGAUUUCGCUGACGAAUCCAGGCGUUGUUGAGCAGUAUGAGCGGCGAAAGAAUGAGAUCGAUGCUCUCACAAAAACUCUGGAAGAUAGGGAGAAGUCUACCCGCAGAGUGGAACGAGAAAUCAAGAAUGCUAGAGACCGGUGGCAACCUGCUCUCGAACAGCUUGUCGCUAGCAUUGGAAAGAAAUUCUCUGCUGCAUUUGAUCGUCAGUCGCUAAACCCUGCUGAGCGUCGUGAAUUUACGCGAAUCCGGAUCAGCCCCCAUGACGAUUAUGACAAGUGGGCGAUCGACAUUCUUGUCAAAUUCCGUGAUAACGAGAAGCUGCAACUUCUGACGGGACAGAGGCAGUCAGGCGGCGGCAUGGAUCAACGCGCCGAGCGUGCGGUGCACAAUUCCUUGGUUGAGGUCACAUGCAAGCCUGACAGCGCCCAAUACUUCUUGAUCACCCCUAAGCUACUUCCUGAUCUCGAUUAUCACGAGCGCAUGAAAGUUCUGUGUGUCAACAAUGGAGAGUGGCUCCCCGAGACGCCAGGACUGGGUAAUAUGAAUCGCAUGAUCGAGAACUUUGUACAAUUGAACCGCGACCGUUCCUCCCGAGCUGGUUGA